AAACAGGGCAACAGCAUUCCGGUACAUUGCCAGCUCACUUCUACGGCUUGGCCAUCUCAUUUAUCGUAUUGAAUAUUACUAUGCUAAUCCAUCCUUGUAAUUUCCAACCAAUGCUAUGUUUCCUUAUUAGAUAUUUCCAAUAACAAUGAGAGUGUUUCUCUUAUUUAUUAGCAAUAAGGACCUACAGAUCUCUUCCCCCCAUUCUCUCUGAACUUUGUUUGAUCUCUUUCUUCUCAUCUCCUCCUGACUCUUUCCACUCUCUCUCAAAGAAAAUGUACAUUAUUUGUGUGCAUGUGUGUUAAAAGGAGGUAGUUCGUGGCUAUAUAUACACAAUAAUUUUAUAUCCUAAGAUCUUUUAGAGGCAGGAAAUGAUUGUUUGCAUCAGAGGAGAAGAUGAGAGUGAUACAUCAUCACCUCGAAGAACUUCAAUGACAAACAAUACUUUGGCUGAGGUCUUUGUACCACAGGGAUCACCCAGCUCAAUAAACAUAGUUAAGCAUGUGGUAAUUGUAAUGGAUGCACUUAAGGGGUUCUCCCGGGAGCCCCUCCAGUGGGCGCUUGAUCAUGUCAUUCGAACUCGCUGCACCAUCACCCUCCUUGGUGUCAUGCCAUGGCUCCCGCUCCCUUUGUCUUUGAAGACAUGGUUGGAUGUUUGGACAUUUGCUCUUGAGGAUUUGUCAGCAUUGAAAUGUAGAAGUGAUUGGAAGAAUAAUAAUGACCUCAAGUAUCAGAAGGUUCGAGGGAUAAUAGAGCUCUGCGAGCAAAAAGGGGUGGUUCCAUUGAUUAAAGUGGCAGUGGGGCACCCCUUAAGGCUGGUCGUUCUUGAGCAUACCACAAAUCUUCAUGCUACCUUCGUGGUUCUUGAUAGGCUAUUGAUUCAAUCAUGCUUAUGAAAAAGUUUUGUCUGUAAUAGGCAUCUCAGAAAGAACAGAGCAUUCUUUGCAGAGAGAUUGCCGAGCAGUGUGGUGAUGAUGAAGAGUGAUGGAGAGGUUGACAUGCUCAAAAUCCAAUCAACCAUUGAUCAUUCUGAUCUUACUCCUCAAGAAUCUCCCACAACUAUAAUACCUACCCCUGAGGUUAUUCUUUCUAAAGCUCUGUCGUCUAAGGUGAAAAAUCCAUAAAAGAGGCUAAGAAGGUUGGAAAGUUGUUAUUGAGAAGCAAGAGGUUGCAUCUUUUUCCGGAAGCGAUUGCAAAUAUUGAUAUUUACUUCCUAGUUUGAGGCUAAUGUGUGCAUGGAAAAUCUUAUGCAUUUGCCUAAUAAAAUUACGAACUUCUCAAUUGGUAUUUUUGACAUUGAUUUGGGUAUUUUUAUUUUA